GAGUGUAGGUCCACACAGCUAAGAGAACAGGCUGAUACGGCUCAACUGAGACAUUCACCUGAAGGGAACACACACACACACAGAGACAAACACACAUUUCAGGAUGGCUGCUCCUCGUAUGGUUCUCUCCAUGUUUGUGCUGAUGCUGGCUGCCAUCACUCUGAGCGAAGGUUUGCGUGGUACUGGCCCAAAGAAGUGCUGCUUUCAUUUCAACAAGAACUCCAUACCUCAGGAAAGAGUGGUGGGCUACAUGAAGACCAGCCAGCGGUGCUCAAAACCAGCAGUCCUGUUGACGACAGUAGCAGGUCGCCAGAUGUGUGCCAAACCUUCAGCAACCUGGGUAAAGGAGCUCAUCAGCCACCUGGAUACCAAAUCCAAGCCAGGAGACGUGUCCAACCUGUAACCAUGGCCACACCAAACCCACUAGAAGAGUCAAAAAAUCUGGGUACUUAAUGUGUUUUGAUGUGUUUUUUUAAACCAUUAGAUACUAUCUACUACGAAUAUUACAGACAAUAUUCACUGUGAAAGACCAACGUCUCCCAGCUACACAUGGUGGCAUCAGUAGACUAUAAGCUAUGGGCUACACCACUGUUUCUACACUGCACCACUGUGAACUCUUUGCCUUGUUUUUAAAGUGACUUGAGUGUUACUCAAGUUACAGAUAAGUUACCAAACUUGACAAGACAAAAAAUAUAUUUAUUACGGUAUGUUUCUGCUGCAAUUUGGACUCUCGUAUUAAAGCAAGAAAAAGUGAU